GUCAAAACGACUCGGACAUGUCCGAAAUUGACCAGAUCCUCGACUACAACCGCCAGCACCCUCUCCCCGGAGAGAUCAGCCCGACGGACAUCGCGUGCAGGUCAGCAGCGGAGUCCCCGCUCAGACUUGACUCCGACCCUUACAGGCUGGAAAGGAAGGACGCCGAGGACAGGAAACUCGAUCCCAGAAAAACUCUGCAGCGCCCCGUGUCCAUGGAGGCGAAGAGAACGGGCGUUAAGCUGGACGCCCAGAAGCGGGCCUCGGUUGACAUCAAACGGACGCGCUUCUCUUACGGUCCGGAGAAGGGCGAGGCGAAGCCGGCGGCGUGCCUGAAUGGCGCGGUGGAAACCAAAGACGAUUCGAG